GGAAACCAUUUGACUGCCUGCGUGAGGAGGUUGCGUGGAGCAAGGAAGCGAUAGUCACCGGGAGCGGCUGUCACUCGCAGCCACACGGCAGUUCCAUCAUCGCAGCGAAGACUAUUUUUGUGCUUUCAACAUUUGGCAAAAAUGUCUACUACUAAUUAUGCUGUGCUCAAUACUGGACAGAAGAUGCCUCUCAUUGGGCUGGGGACAUGGAAGAGUGCGCCUGGUGAGGUAAAAACAGCUGUUGAGAAUGCUUUAAAGAUUGGUUAUCGUCAUGUGGACUGUGCUGCAGUGUACAAUAAUGAGGCUGAAAUAGGAGACCUUUUUAAAGAAAUAAUUGGUGUUGACAAGAUGGUAAAACGUGAAGAACUUUUUGUAACCUCCAAGUUGUGGAAUACCAAGCAUCAUCCUGAAGAUGUGGAACCUGCCUGUCGUAAAUCUCUGGAAGACCUGAAGCUUACUUAUCUGGAUUUGUACCUCAUUCACUGGCCUUAUGCCUUUAAAAAAGGUGACAGCUGCUUUCCAAAGAAUCCUGAUGGCACAAUGCAAUAUGAUAAUAUUGAUUAUAAGGAAACUUGGAAAGCCAUGGAGAGAUUAGUAGAAAAGGGCUUGGUGAAAGCUAUUGGACUCUCGAAUUUCAACAGUCAACAGAUUAAUGAUGUUAUCGCUGCAGCUACUAUUAAGCCUGCAGCGUUGCAGGUAGAAUGCCAUCCGUACUUAGCACAAAAUGAGCUGAUCGGACAUUGCCAGAAAUAUGGAAUAAUAGUUACAGCCUAUAGUCCGCUUGGUUCCUCUGAUCGCAUGUGGAAAGCCGCAGAUGAACCAGUUUUACUAGAAGAUGCUAAUAUUAAAACUAUUGCUAAUGAACAUGGGAAAUCACCUGCUCAAGUGUUGCUCAGGUGGCAGGUACAGCGUGGAGUUGUAGCCAUUCCCAAGAGUGUCAAUGCAGCACGAAUUGCACAGAACCUGCAGGUGUUUGAUUUUGCACUAACUGAAGACGAGAUGAAAACAGUUGGAAAUCUCAAUAGAAACUGGCGGUAUAUUGUUCCUAAGAUAGUGGUUGACAACAAAUCUGUAUUCAGAGACGCGCUGCAUCCUCAUUAUCCUUUCAACGAUCCAUACUAGUGACAUUGGGAUGAGCCAUUGCUGCCUUAGUGGUUUUAUUGGUGUAUAAAUCGAUUUUGCUGAUGAUAUUGAAUACUUCUCAUCAUUUAGAAACAGUAUUGGGUUGCUUUUUAAAUAAUCUCUGUUAAAUGACUCAAUUAAAAAUGCUAAUAUUUGAUGGCAAAUAAAAUUAACUCUUGCAGAAGAUUAACCUUAGUUCAGAUCAUCCUUUUCUCAUUCUCCUUGAUUUGUCUUGUUUAGUUCGGUAUUCACCCAGCCCAACACAGUGUAUGUGUUUUUCUAUCUGUAGCUUUGAGGAGUGAAAAUGUACAUAUAAUCUGCAAUAAAAUAUAUAACUUCAAAAUA